AUCCGUAAUAUAAUUAUAUAUAAUUUAAUAUUUAAAAUAUAAUUCUAUUAACAUAAAGUUGAUUAUAUAUUCUACGUAGAUAACAGAUCGCUUUUUUCUUUCUAACAUUGAUAUGCAAAUGUGACAUAAAAGUUUCUGGCGCCAAAAUGACUACAUCAGAGAAACAAUCGAAGAUCAGAGAAUCUUUGCAAAAUUUACAGCCAGCAGCUACGGACAAAGAAAAUCUAGUUGGGGCUGGAAGAAUGCUCAAAGCAGAUUUAACACUCAAAGAUGGAUUAAAAAAAGAUAUUAAAAGCACAUCAGUGAAACCAAAAAAAGAAAGCACAAUACAUAAAAAAAUCGUUUACAAACAUAAAGCAGUUCAAACAGCGAGAGGAGAAAAGAUUAAAAUUGAAGUAGAAGAUUUGACUUCUGAAGCUGGUCCAAGUGAGAAUUAUUGGGAAGUAUUAGCAGAAAGACGACGAAUAGCUCUUGAUGAUGCAUUAGAAGAAAACAAAGAACUACAUGAACGUGUAUCAAAGUUACAAGAAGAAAAUCGUUUAUGUAAAGAAAUGUUGGAUGAAACACGGGCAUUGGUUGAAGUAUUACAAGAAAUGAUUGGAGAUGAUAGAAAUGAUAUAAAUAAUUCUUUGGAGGAUAGUGCUCUAUAAUUUUAUAUUAGAUGUUUAUGAGUAAUAAAAAUAUUAGUUUCAUACAUUAUCUUAAUAUUGGAAGAAAGUUUAAACAGGAAUUAAGACUAAAAUAAUUUGCAUUUAUAUUUAAAGUUCAAUAUUAAAGUUCAAUUUGAAUUAUUUAUGUUUAUUUUCAUUAAUUCUUAAAUAAUUUGAAGACGCACAACUUACAUCAUUUUUAC